AUGUACGGAGAAAGUACCGAACUAAAUCCGAAUGUUGAAGAACUGGUGACCCAUUCUGAUGAUGCGCUCUCACAUUGCAACCCCUUCCGCAGUCCGUUCGAUCCGCGUUCAGAGGAAGAUUUGAUUUCGUCAACUUAUGAACGGAACGGCGGUCUGACCUCGAGCUCUACAACACACCGUUAUCGUCAUCGCAGCGAGUGGCCAAAGCAUGAAGAAACGAAUGGUCUCAACGCUUACGAUACAGGACCGCUACCUGCACCACGCCGUUCAAUGCGGCAAGGCAGCUGGGCAGAUGGGGAGCUGCCUCGUCUGGCUCCCGUGAUGAAGGCUUUAAAAGAGGAAAUGGAGGAGGGGGAUGACUACGACGACGACGACGACAGUUGGGUGGAUGACGAGAGUGGCCUUCGUCCUCCAGCCCUUCCCGUAAACCUCGAGGCUGCUCUCGCUGAGCUACCCGCUGAGGAUCCUGCAAUGCGCACCAAGCGCCUCCGUCCGUUACAGUAUCCUCUUUACGUGAAUACCACUAGUGACCAAAAUGUCGUUGGGGCCGAUAUCUACGACCGAAUCAAGUUCCACGAAGGCGUCGGUCCAUUACGAACAAUGGACCAAAACAUUCCUGAAGAAGAACUUCCUGAUACCCUUUUGAUCCGCACGCGUCGACGUACAAUGAGUGGAGUGACUGGCUUCCUCCCACGUAGCUCAACUCUCUCCUCCAGUUCCAUUUGGUUUGGGGAUCAUGCAGUGCCGACGAAGACGCAGAUCUACGCUGCGGAGCAAUCGCCUCUGCGCCUUUCCAGUAUACAGUUGCAGGCACAGGCGGAAAUCGCGCGACGUCGCUCGCGAAAUAACUUAGCAGCACGUAGUAUAAUCAGCAUCGGGGAUGGUAGGAGUGAUGGCACUCGGCGUAGCCGUAGCCUUGAGCGCUCAAGAACGCUGGGACCCUCAUCGGCCCUCUACGGUCCUACCGGCCGGCGGGUGCAUGGAGGUGCACCGAUAGUUGAGCGUGCCAUCAAGCGGCACGCCAGCAAACGCGAUGGCUAUGAGACUCUUUCGUUGGUCCAUGUGCCGAGAGUUGAUGAAGUUCCAUCUUCUAUCACCUCCGUCACUGCUGCAGAGCAGCAUAAAUUACGCCGCCGUGCAUCCUCUACUUCGGUGGCAAGGUAUGGGACCUCAGCAGGGGCGUAUCAAUUGAAUUGUACCCGCAGUAAGCCCUAA